AUGAAUUCAAAUAAAGGUGGAUAUCAAUCGCAAAGUUGGGAUCUUAAAACUGGCUAUAAACCUAUGCAAUGGCGACCAACAGUUUCAACACCAUUAUGUGUACUUUGUAAUAAAACUGUUUAUCCAGCUGAAGAAGUCAAUGGUGCUGGUCAAAAAUAUCAUAAACUUUGCCUUAAAUGCACAUCAUGCAAUACAUUACUCAAUUCAGGUAAUCUAAAUGAACAUGAAACAAAGAUUUAUUGUGUGCCAUGCUAUCGUCGUCAAUUCGGUCCACGAGGACUUGCUCAUGGUUUUGAAACUACAUCAUCAAUAAAUACCGAUAUAUCACCAACUAGUCCAAGUUCAUAUCGAAAAGAAAGAAAUAUUGAUAAUCACUAUUAUGAACGAAAAACCUCAACAGGUUCAUCACCAUCUCGAACUUCAUCAGAUGAUGAUUCACGUCAUACCAACAGUUUACCAUUUACUACUCAAGUAACCACAAGAGAAAAACCAACAACUAUCAAUCGACCAUCAUCAACUCUAACAAAUAUUCCAGCCUGCAAAGUGGUGAACAUAUCACAAAAUAUUUGUCCACGUUGUUCCAAAAUUGUUUAUUCUGCUGAAGAAGUUAAAGCUGCUGGAAAAUCAUUUCAUAAACGAUGUUAUAGUUGUGCACAUUGUAAAGGAACACCACUUAUACUUCCUUUACAAUGA